AUGGCAGCAGCAGGGAAGGCGACGGUGGAGUAUGAGGUGAAUCUGCGCGUGAAGAAGCAGGUGGAGGGUCCCUUCCUCGAGUGGCUUCGUGCCCACAUGCGCGACAUGGUGGAGACCACGCGCUGCUUCGUCUCGGCGCGGCUCUACAGCCAGGAGGCCUCGAGGGGGACAACGAGGCCACCAGCGAUGACGCGGCUGACUACGUGCGCUACGUGGCGCUCUACGGGUGCGCUGACCGUGCCGCCCUCCAGCACUACUUCGACCACCACGCCCCGGCCAUGCGUGCCGACGGCCUCCAGCGCUUCCCCAACCAAUUCGCAGCCACGCGCCGCAUCCUCCAUCUCCAGUAGAGCAAGCAAUAAAGAAGAGCACACGGCCUGGCUCUCUCAUCAACCACAGGACACCGCCUCAGGAAUUUCACCGGCUCGCGUGGCCCAAUGGAAAGGCGUCCGCCUCCUAAGCGGAAGAUUGUGGGUUCGAUCCCCACCGUGA